AUGCGCCUGCGCGGUGACCUCGGAGACGUCGGCGCGCGAUGGCUCGAGCGCUUCGCCCCGGUGUUCGAGCGUCUCGGGAGCGAGGUGACGGUGAUGUUUUCGCCGCAAACGAUAAUCUUGCUCCAGAGCGCGCGAGCGACGGGUGGGAUCGACGCUCACGCCGAUCUCCGCGUCGACGAGGUGUUCGAACGAUUGAAGAUGACGAGCGCGAACGAUGAUAAGAUCGCGGCGCGGUUGGAACCGAGCGCGUUGUCGAGAGCGCUGCGAGGGAUGAUCGCGUUGGAGGCGACGCGGGUGGAGGCGCGAUUGGUGAAGCGCGCGGCGAGCGCGGAAUCGAGAGCGAUGCCGUAUCUGAAUUUCACGGCGAUCGAUGGAAGAGCGGAGGUGAGCCAGGACGUGCCGAUCGUUGGACCGUUAAAUCGAGCCGAGGUGGCGGCGUGUGAGAAGAUUGUCGAGGCGAAUGUCGUGGACGUGCCGUAUUGGUUGGAUUGCGACAGGUUCGCGCUGGAGAGCGUCAGGGAGACGGUGGAGCGGUUCGCCAGGGUGAGUGAUUUUGUAGAGGUGACGACGACGAGAAGUGGGUCGUUGUACGUCACCGCGAGUCGAGGGAGCGUGCGGAUGCUUGGGAGCGAGUAUCGCGGGUUACGAGUGCUCCCGGCGGAGGCGGAUGAGUACGACGAGCGGGCGGACGACGCUGGCGGCGUUGCGUCGAGGUUAGCGGAGAUCAAGAGCUCAGGGAUUGGGAACACGGUGAUGCUGAGCGUGAAACAUCUCCAGCGCGGACUCCUGGGGUGCGCGAGCAAUCCGAGCAAUCUGUUGGUGGGAAUAUCGUCUCGGGGAAACUAUUUCGAGCUCGUUUUUCGAUACGGAGCGCAAACCGAGCGUGACGGCGACAGCGUGGGAUUCAUGGUGCGAAUUCCCGUCGUCGCUGACGAGCAGCCGGAGUGA